GUGGGUUUGAGUGGGAAAGGUCGAGGUUGGCUGCUUGAUCUCGUGCUCGCCAAUCCGGCCCGUCGGAGCUGUGUAGCCGUCGCUCGCCUCACCAGCCGGCCUCCAGAGCUGUCGCUCGCCCGCCCACCGGCCCCUCGAGCGGCACCUCGCCUUGGCGCACUGCUCCGGAGCCGCGCGCCUCGCCGGCCAGACCUGCAGCUAGCCCCCGGCCGCCGGCCCUUCAAGCGGCACCUCGCCUUGGCGCGCUGACCCGGAGCCACCACUCGGCUCGCCGGCAAGAGCUGCAGCUAGCCACCGACCGCCGGCCAACAGAUCCGCACUUGCCUUGCCACGCCGGCAGCUGGAGCCGCCGCUCGUCCAGCCGUGCGACCGUCACUGAGGCCACCUCUACUUUGCGGGCUUGCUGGUUGCUGCCCCUAACUCAUCAAUGUGCAUUUGCAACAGAUCACUGUGAAAUGAUUGGGAUUUAUCUUACACACGUGCUACGCCUAAUUUAAACCUCACUUGCGAGCAUUCACAUCACCAGGCAUUUCAGAAGGAAGGCUGUAUGCAGGCUUCUAACUUUCAGUUACGCUCAUCAGGGUCUCCUUGGUUAGAGCCAUGGCUGGCAUCCGCUGGGUUCCAGGUCGCUACACAUAGUGGUUGCUUUUCGGGGGGGCUAGGACUAUCCAGGUUGAAAUGUAGAUUACAGUGCUCUCUGCUGUGGCAGUCUACAAGUUUACUUCAUAAUCAGAAAGAGAAGGACAGAUAUUCUUGUAUUGAUCAGUCAACAACGUAUCUGCAUGUACAAUCACUCGGGAACUUUCCGACUGAAAAACUUCGUGGAGAAGUGGUUGUGGUGCGUCUUGAUUCUGCACUUCUCUUGGGACAUUUAGGAACAUGCACUUUCUCACUUGAAAGAGCAUUGCUAACUAUCAAAUACUUGUACAAAGCAAGAGCAAAAGUGGUUAUAGUCACCAGCUGGGAUACAGUUCUUCAAUCCGAUAAUCCAGAGAUUAAAUCAAUUGACUCUUUUGCAGAGUACCUGUCGUCACUUCUUCAAUUACAAGUCAUCCCAGUAGAUGGUGCACCUGGUUUAACAUCAUUUAAGAAGGAAAAGUGGGUGCAGAACAACAUUAUUUUGUUUGAAAAUCUUCUGAGCUUCAGAGGAGAAGUUGCUAAUUGCAAUAAUUUUUCGCGGAAGCUAGCUUCAGGUGCCACAAUAUUUGUCAAUGACUCUUUCUCACUGUCUCAUAAGAUUCUUGCAUCAACUGUUGGCAUCACCCGCUUCUGCUAUGCAUCUCUUGCUGGCUUCCAUUGUGAGGAGGAGCUUAAGCGAUUGAUAAAGAUCACGGACACCACGAGGCGCCCAUAUAUUGCAAUUAUUGGAGGCAGUAACUUUUUGAGAAAGGCACCUGCUCUUCGGAUGUUAAUCUCUCUAUGUGAUGGGUUGUUCUUUGUUGGAAAAUUAUCAUUUCAAAUAAUGAAUGGCCUUGGAAUGUCAGUGCCCUCUCAAUUCAUUGAAAGAAAUGCAAUUAUGGAAGUACUACAGAUUAUACAAGUUGCUAGGGAUAGGAAUGUUCCUAUUUAUUAUCCAACAGAUCUCUGGUGCUUGAACAAUGACGAUAGUGGAACAUUGGGAGUAAUUAACUCUACUGGACAACUGGAUGGCUGGACACCUGCUGAUAUAGGACCAUCAACAUUGGAGAAAUUUUCUUCUACAAUACCACUAUAUAAGAAGAUACUAUGGAUUGGACCUACUAACUACAAUUUAGCAGAAGAAUUCUCAGCCGGAGCAACACAGUUGGGUCAAAUACUGGAAAAAGCAAGCUUUGGUAGCUGUGAAGUUAUUGCAGUAGGGAAUGCAGCAUGCAACACAUUAAGACAGAAUAUGGAUUCCUCAUCUCGAUAUAUAGAAUUUCGAAAUGCCACUGUCGUAUGGGAAUUCCUCAAAGGAAGAAUAUUGCCUGGCAUAGCAGCAUUGGAUAAACAUUACCCCUACCGGAUUCCAUGGAGCUCUGUCUUCUGCGAUCCUACACUACCCUUAGUGGUUGAUAUUGGAAGUGGAAAUGGUUUGUUUCUUUUUCAAAUGGCUAAAAGUUAUGAAAGUUCAAAUUUCCUUGGUCUUGAGAUGAACGAAAAGCUUGUUAUACGGUGUCUCGAGGGCAUGGCUUCAGAUGAGAAAAGAAACCUAUAUUUUGUAUCAACGAAUGCAACGUCCACAUUCCAUUCCAUAGUUUCAAGUUAUCCUGGACGGUUGACUCUUGUCACAAUACAGUGCCCGAAUCCUGACUUCAACAAAGAGCAAAAUAGGUGGAGGAUGGUGAGAAGAAUGCUCGUUGAAGCUAUCAUCGAUCUUCUUCAGACCAAUGGCCAGGUUUAUCUGCAGUCUGAUGUGGAAUCUGUUCUGCUCGGAAUGAAAGAGCAGUUCCUCUCCUACAGCAAGGGCCAGCUUGUGGUGGACAGUGAUGAUGGUGGCCACCGGAUGGAGAACCCAUUCGGCGUGGUGUCCGACUGGGAGCGCCAUGUCCUCGCUCGUGGAGCUCCCAUGUACAGAACGAUGCUAAGGAAAGUGUGAUUCCAUCCUCUGUCUCUGAAGUCUGAGCAUUGCAUUUGUUUUGUCACCAUGGCUGCUUCAAACAUGGAAAGCGUUACCGAACAAUGUUCACGGCCAGAAACGUAAGUUAAUUCGGUCCACUCCAACAAAUCCUAGACAAGCAGACAUGACCAGUUGACCACCAAUUUCUGUGGCCAAAUCGAACCAAUCCAGACAUGGUCAUCCAGACAAGUGCUAUCUGAAAGCAUACUACGAACGGAUACCUACAUCACUACCAGAAAACGCAUGUUUACAUAUGUUUGCCGAGUGCCUUCUACUUUAUCAAGUGUAUUUCGUCGGGCACUAGGCAAACAAGCUAGUGUCACUAGAAAAACACUUGGCAAAAUCAAAACAGUCAGCAGAUAUGUCUAUUUGCCGAGUGCCGACAACAAAACACUCGGCAAACAACGGCAGGACACUUAGCAACCAUGAAUCACUCGGCGAAUACUGCCACAUGACCGCCACGUGCGAGCUCCGUUGAGCACAGCGCCAGCCGUUAAAAUUUUGCUGAGUGUUUUAAGGUAGAACUCGGUAAAAUUAACACUUUACCGAGUUGUUUGACAUAGCACUCGGUAAAAUUAAUAUUUUACCGAGUGUUUUCUUAGCACUCGGCAAAUAAAUAAUUUUCUUUCUUCUGCCCUCCAAAGAAAGCUGUAGGUAUGCUAAAAUCUCUUGCUUUCCUAGGAGAUGCUACUGUUUUAUGUUUUGUAUUAUAUUUUGUGUCUGUUCAAUGCUGUUAUCAUUGAGCUUUGCAAAUCCUAUGACUCCUUACUCAAUCAGCAUAUCAAGUCAAUUUGUAACUGGUUCUUAAGCCAUGUUUAUGGUUAUAUAA